ACACACACCUCACCGAGAGCGGUCACUACUUCACGUCAUACACGUGAUUCGGCAUUUCUUCUGUGCAGCUGUCAAUUGUGUCGUGUUUAGAGUUGGUCCUCUACGCUAAAUCUAAAACCUUUAAAGUGGAUUUGGAGCACUGACGUCCUUACUCAGGGGCUGUUUUUCUUAAAAGGCAACAUGUGGGGCAUUUGUAGCAGAAUGGUCAAGGUGGGGAUGGCGAAACCUUGUGGUAUGGUCAAACCUUGCCAUUUGGUGAAGCCUGUAUCAUCAUCCCGCAUCACUGGGAGAUACCUGAGCCACCAAAAGGGGUUGCCCAGUUUACCUGUGCCUCCCCUGCAGCAGACCUGUGAGCGCUACAUCACUGCCCUGGAGCCCAUCGUUGAGGUGGACGAGCUGACGCACACAAAGGAGCUGUUGGAUGACUUCCAGAAACCAGGGGGCGUUGGAGAAAGGCUUCAGAGAGAUCUGGAGAGGAGAGCAUGCAACACGGAGAACUGGUUGUCAGAGUGGUGGGUGCAAGUGGCUUACUUUGACUACCGUCUGCCUGUGGUGGUCCAUUCAAGUCCAGGGUUGGUUUUACCUUGCAUGCACUUCUGUGACAAGCAGGGACAAAUCAGGUUUGCUGCAAAACUGAUUGCAGGUGUUUUGGAUUUCAAGACAAUGAUAGACAACGAGACCAUACCUGUGGAGUACCUGGGAGGGAAACCUCUGUGUAUGAAUCAGUACUAUGAAGUACUUUCGUCUUGCCGCAUUCCCGGUGUGAGAAGAGAUUCUGUGGUGAACCAUGCCAAAAGCUCCAGGCCUCCGAAACACAUCACUGUUGUACAUAAUUUUCAGUUCUUCAUGCUGGACGUGUACAACAAUGAUGGGAGUCCACUGACAGCUGACCAGCUCUAUGUUCAGCUUGACCGCAUCUGCAGCUCCUCUGUACAGACCAACGCAGAGCCUGUGGGCAUCCUGACCACCCAGCAUCGUGACGCUUGGAGCAAGACCUACGUGAACCUCAUCAAGGAUCCCACCAACAAAGAAUCUGUGACGGCUAUUCAAAGGAGCAUCUUCACAGUAUGUUUGGAUGGUCCGAUGCCUCGAGUACCGGCGAACGCGUAUCGGAGUCGUGCAGCCGUGCAGAUGCUGCACGGAGGUGGGAGCCUGUGGAACAGUGGCAACCGCUGGUUCGACAAGACGCUGCAGUUUAUUAUUGGAGAGGAUGGGACAUGUGGCGCCAACUAUGAGCAUGCUCCAGCUGAGGGCCCUCCCAUUGUGGCCCUGAUUGACCAUGUUGUGGAAUACACGAGGAAGCCAGAGAUGGUUUCCUCUGACAUUGCGCCUUUGCCCAUCCCCAAAAAACUACAAUUCAACCUCACACCUGAGCUCAAGAAGGACAUAGAAGAGGCCAAACGGAGCAUGAAUGUAUUGGCUGAAGAUGUAGAUGUGAAGGUUAUUGUGUUCAACCACUUUGGAAAAAAUGUACCAAAGGCCCACAAGAUGAGCCCAGAUGCGUUUAUACAGGUGGCGCUACAGCUGGCUUACUACAGGAUGUAUCAGCAGUGUUGUGCGACAUACGAGAGUGCCUCCUUGCGAAUGUUCAGGAUGGGUCGCACAGACACUAUCAGAUCUGCCUCAAGUGCAUCUGCUGCCUUUGUAAAAGCCUUUGACGACCCCAACAAACAGAACACAGAAAAAGUGGAUCUAAUGGAGAAAGCUGUGAAAGCACACAAGUUGUAUACAAACAUGGCAAUCAGUGGUCAGGCCAUUGACCGACAUCUACUGGGUCUGAAGAUGCAGGCUGCUGAGGAAAACCUCUCUGUUCCUAAAAUCUUUAAAGACACAUCUUACGCCAAAGCCUUACACUACCGCUUAUCUACAAGUCAGGUACCGUCCAAGACUGACUGCGUCAUGUGUUUCGGCCCAGUUGUACCCGAUGGAUACGGCGUGUGUUAUAAUCCAAUGAACGACCACAUAAACUUUGCAGUAUCUUCGUUCAAUACGUGUAAAGAAACAAACACCGCUGAUCUGGCUCGCGCUGUGGAGAACGCACUUCUGGACAUCAGGACACUUCUGGAACAAACUCCAAGAGCCAAACUGUGACGCUUGCAAAAGACUCUUGGUAGAUCCCACUAGUGAGUCAUUGUUUCUUAUCGCUCGCAUGUGAAAACAAGUAGUUAGUAUGUUGAUAAUUAGCAUUAGUAUCUUCAAAUGAUGAUGCAAUUCCAUUCAAGAUUUAACUAUCACAUAGUGGAAGGUAUAUAUCCAUCCAUAUUUUAUCGAGAACCUUUAAAUUUUUUUCCCAAGGUUCCUAAGCCGGAGAUGACUCAUUUGCAGUGAUGUUGCUAGGUUCACAUCAUGUGUCAAUUUGUACAAUUUAGGAAUAAAAAAAGAAUCUAAGAAAUGCAAAUAAAUUUAAAAAAAAUGUAUUGGGGACCAAUUUAAAUUCUUUGUGACCCACUCAAAUCGCUACUUGUGGGCUCCGGGGACUCACUACAUUGAAAUCUACCAACAUCACUGUAUUUGGGUAACCGGACGGAAAGUAAUAGGAGUGACUUAUCAGCAUGGAAUUAGCAAAUACCGAAUAUAAAAUAUAGCCACAUGGCAUUUAUGCUAAUAGCAUUUUGACACUAAGCACAUUAUAUUGUUUCAAUUAAAUAUUGUAUUUUGAAAAUAAACAAAAAGCCUUAAAGGACACUUUGAUUCAUAAAAACAUAUUUUACAGUGCGUUGUAUUGUUUAUACAUUUAAUUUCCUGAGGGCGCAAAUGGCACAGAUUAAGUUGAAUAGCCCUUGUAAAUAACCAAGUGAACCUGCUGCAAAGGUCAUGUUAAAAGUACCAAAGUGAUCCACUGACAGACCUAAAAGUCAAAACAUGAAACUUUACAAAAUGCUUUAUUGAAGGAAAACUAAAUGCCGAGGGAAUGAGGGAAAAGCCUUUUUAGAAGUACAUUAUCAGUGGACCGUUUUCAGUGUGCUGUUUUCUGACUCGUACUGCACAAUGAACAACAACACAUCGACAAACGGCCGAGUGCCUUUUCAUUAAGUUUCAACAUCCCCAAAUCCUUAAAAGGGAACUGCAAUUUUGGGGGGAAUUUUGCCUAUCAUUAACAAUCCAUUUUAUGCAAGAACAUGCAUAUCUUUCCCUUUUUUUAUGCAGUAUAAAUUGUACAUAAAAAUUGCUAGUAAGAGGCGGCUAACAAUGCAUAUAAUGGGAUUAAUCUAUUCUGCCUAUAAAGCCAUUGAAAAAAACAUCCAAAAACCACCAAUAUUCCCCCAUUUACAUGUGAUGACCUGUAUAUUAGACAAGCUAUAACAACAUUGUUUCUGCAAGAGCUAACGCCACAGAACUAUUUUUUGUAACGCAGUGCCUUGCUCACUAAACUAGCUACUGAGUUGCUGUUGCGGCUAAUCUCCUCUCAGUAUGGAAACGUUGAUGCUUGAUUAAUCAUGCUUCGUACUUGUACGAUAGAGAGUUGUGGUCAUUAGCCGAGAAGUUGGUUUACUUUAAAAUUAAACGUCAAGAGACGUAGUCACCGUUACGGAGACGCGAUGAGAUGCUUGUUUCCUCCCAGUGUUGUUUUACCUAAAGAGUGAAGAUUAUACUGAAUUAAUCAUCUGAACCCGGAGCACUAGCCUUGUGCUCAAAGGUACAGCCACCCCAUUAGUCAGCAUCCCAGUAAAAGCAGACAUUACAAGCGACUGUUUUAUUAUGUUCGUGUUUUGUAUUUCUUGUUCAGCACUUAGCACGAGAGCUUCAUGAUGUUAGUGUUUUACUAUAGAUGCAUCUGCUGGGCACCCAGCUUUUCAAACUUGUAGACAUCCUCCGUAUAUUCAGGCUCAAAAAAUUAAGGUUUGGAUUAGAGAUGUCCGAUAAUAUUGGGCUGCCGAUAUUAUCGGCCGAUAAAUGCUUUAAAAUGUAAUAUCAAAAAAUUAUCGGUAUCGGUUUCAAAAAGUAAAAUUUAUGACUUUUUAAAACGCCGCUGUACGGAGUGGUACACGGACGUAGGGAGAAGUACAGAGCGCCAGUAAACCUUAAAGGCACUGCCUUUGCGUGCCGGCCCAAUCACAUAAUAUCUAAGGCUUUUCACACUCACAAGGGAAUGCAAAGCAUACUUGGUCAACAGCCAUAAGGGCACACUGAGGGUGGCUGUAUAAACAACUUUAACAGUGUUACAAAUAUGCGCCACACUGUGAACCCACACCAAACAAGAAUGACAAACACAUUUCGGGAGAACAUCCGCACCGUAACACAACAUUAACACAACAGAACAAAUACCCAGAACCCCUUGCAGCACUAACUCUUCCGGGAUGCUACAAUAUACACCCCCAGCAACCCCCUACCCACACCUCAACCCCCCCCCCAACCCCAUCCACCUCAACCUCCUCAUGCUCUCUCAGGGAGAGCAUGUCCCAAAUUCCAAGCUGCUGUUUUGAGGCAUGUUAAGAAAAAUAAUGCACUUUGUGACUUCAAUAAUAAAUAUAGCAGUGCCAUGUUGGCAUUUUUUUCCAUAACUUGAGUUGAUUUAUUUUGGAAAACCUUGUUACAUUGUUUAAUGCAUCCAGCGGGGCAUCACAACAAAAUUAGGCAUAAUAAUGUGUUAAUUCCACGACUGUAUAUAUCGGUAUCAGUUGAUAUUGGAAUCGGUAAUUAAGAGUUGGACAAUAUCGGAAUAUCGGAUAUCGGCAAAAAAGCCAUUAUCGGACAUCUCUAUUCUGGAUCAUUAAUUGUUCCAAAGUAUUAGUCAUUGGCUCUUAGAAAGUCUGCCAUUAUUAGUGGUAGUUGCAAUACGCCCAACACAAAAGCUCCGGGACUAAAAUGCGGUAAAUAUCACGUUAUUAUGAAUGUGCCUGUUACUAUAUUGCAUAUGCUGUAUACUUCAACAGCAUGUAUAUAAAACGUUUUUGAAGAUUUUUUUAGAGGGCUUCAUAGGCCCAAUAGAUCGUAUCCCCAUUACCUGCAUUGUUAGCCACCUCGUACUAGUAGUUUUACGAUUUAGAAUGCAAAGACGUAUGGUAUUCUCUCACAUAGGGUUUGUGAAUGAUAGUUUAAAUUAAAAAAGAUUCAGUUCCCCUUUAAAAGAAAAGCAAUGUCCUCAACCAAAAUGAAAGAAUGCCUACACCAGUGUUUUUCAACCUUUUUUGAGCCGCGGCACAUUUGUUUCAUAAAAAAAAAAUACGGAGGCACACCACCAGCAGAAAAGGUUAAAAAAUGAAACUCCACCAGGUUGUCGUGCCUUAUUUUGAGUUUGUUGUUGUUUCCUGUGUGUAGUGCUUUAGUUUCUGUCUUGCGCUGUUAAUUUGGUGACCCUUCCUGUUUUGUUGGUGUUCUCCUGUAGCAGCGUCACGCCUUCCUUUGAGUUCUAUUGCCCGCACCUGCUUUGUUUUCGCAAUCAAGACUAUUUAAGUUGUGCGUACGCUAUCCUUCUUUGUGGGGACACUGAUUGUCAUUUCAUGUACGGAUGUACUUUGUGGACGCCGUCUCCGCUCCACACGCUGUACGUUUUUGCUGUCGUCCAGCAUUCUGUUUUUGUUUACUUUGUAGCCAGUUCAGUUUUACUUUUGUUUUGCCUAGCCAUCCCUAUGCUUCAGUGCCUUUUCCUAGCGGGACUUGCCUUUUGUUAAUUUUUUGUUUAAGCGUUACAUACCUUUAAAUACCAAAAAAGGUUGAAAAACACUGCACUAGACACACAGCACAUUAUUAUAAUUAUUGAUUUGCAAAAAAUAUUUUUUGGACCAAUUAGGUGAAGUUUCAUAAUUUCCCACGGCACACCAGACAAUAUGUCACGGCACACUAGUGUGCCGCGGCACAGUGGUUGAAAAACACUGGCCUACACGGCUCGCACUGACUUAUUAUUUCAUUUUCAAAAAUGAACCAUGCUUGGCUGCUAUAGUUAUAAAAGCACAUUAUUCCCGUUCUAAUAAUAAUGUAAUAUAACUUUUUUAUGGUUUAGUGUUCUAGCUUUAGCUUUUGAGUCACUGUUUUCCCUUGUGCCUUGCAUGUUUGUUUUUUACCUGUAUAGAGUAUAUGCUAAGCAGAAAGUCUUCGUGGUGUAGCAGUUCACGCUUCUGUCUUUCAUGCAGAUGAUGCGGGUUUAGUUCCCCGGCCAGUAGUGGUGUAACAAUUUAGUCUCAUUGUGUUUUGCUAUGUACCUCGGUUGGGCUGCAGAGAUUAAUCAAGUAAAUUCAAUGGAUUAAAUCAAUUAGGAAAAAGCUUUGAUUUAUUUUCAGUUGCUUUGAUUCAUUGUUUAAUGAGUCUAACUAAUACAAUUACACAUGAAGUGCUGGAACUUUUACAGGGGUUAUAGUAAUAUUUUUUUGUAGUGCUUUGGUCAGAAAUUGGCAUAGAUUUAGUUUUACAGACCAUCUUGAAGACGCUAUUUGACUGUCUCCUCGGAAUGCGCUGUUUUGUGGGCUGUCUUAAAAUACGUGCCGAAGCCCUCCUCCACGCCAAGCUCUUUGACCGCACAUCCUCCCCGUCAACCAUGUUGUAGUUUGUACCGCUGUCAUAUCCAAUCUACUGACAGAUACACUGUGAGUUAGAACUAUACGCUGCAGCGGAGGAUUUUAGCAUGGAAUGUGCAUGUCGGAACCACUCUGCCCCACGAUAGGAGAAUGGAGAAAAAGAAGAAACUUACUGACUACAACGCGGGACUGCAACUGGAUAAAAAUGAUGAAUUCGCGCAACGCUCUUCAAAUCAAUCAAAUCAACUUUAUUUAUAAAUUUGAACUUGGAGUUAUUCUCUGCCAUGUAUGGCAAUAUCUGCUGACAUAACUAAGGCAAACAAAAUACAUCACAAUCGUUUCCAAUUCUAAAUGGCUCGAUUGGAAGAAGGCAAGAUUGUUUUAUAAAUAUCUUUGCCAUGCCUUGAUGGUUUGAUUUCAAAUUUUCAAGACUUAUGCAGAUCCCAAAUACACAAACAAACAGGUACCAAUAGGUAAGAAAAGUUGGUUUGUGUGCACCCCUGAUCUAUGCAAAAUUUGGACCAAAGAAUUACCAUUACAUGUUAUGUAGACCACAAGGAAGUAUUUGUAAAUGUAAAAAAAAAAUCAUAUUAUGACUGACCCCUUUUAACGUGUACCGUUUGAAAAAAUGGUGUUGUCUCUGUACCAAACCGAAUGUUACAUAUGUAAAAAUCCAAUCAGGAGUCUAUGUACCGUUACUCCCAAUGAUAUUUGUAUUCCUAUAUUAGUGUGUGUGAGUAAGAUUAUGUUUUGUGAAACUCGCCAGUAACACAGUAUAUAACUAAUGUAGUGUCACAUUUGAAAUGCCUGAAAAUGCAACAUUUGCUGUGUCAUUGUGUAGAAUAAACUUUGGAAUGUCA